CAGUCAGGCAGUGGCCCUCGGAGGGAAAGCAGAAGUGGAAGUGGUGCUGGUCUUGAGAAGGGAGGAGAGGCUUCCAGUGGGGCAGAACAACGAAAAUCUACAGGGCAUGCACAAAUGGCCCCGAGAAGGGAAAGUCGAAGUAAAGAAAGUAUUUCUGGAACGGCUGCUCCAAAACAGAGAAAGUAAACCGAGAAAAAAACAUCUGAAAAUUAAAUUUUUCUCACUCAACAGGAGCGUAGCCUCAACCUCAGCAGCAGUAAACUCCUCAACUGUUCGGCACUCUACAACGGGAGGUCAUAGAUCUUCCAACUUCAGUAGUGAUCUAAUGUUCCAAUCUUCUUCAACUUCUCUGCUAUCUAAUGUACUUAGAGCAUUAACUGUUAGAAUCUUACUUAUGUCUCAUUCAAUAUUUUGUAUAUGGGCAGCAGCCGAAUUAAGGGCAGAUAAUUCCAUUUGGGCUUUUUCAUUAAUAGCCUUUUGUUUAAUUGGUGAAGGCUUUUAUGCAGUGAUUGUUAGGGCUGGAGAUGAGCCAAGAUUAUUUUCCUUCGCUGUUUCAAUUUAUCUGUCUGCUACGAUCCCUCCAAUUUGGAUAAUGUUAAGCUCUCUAUGUGAUUAUACUCUCAAUUCCCCCACAAUAAACCUGCCAAAUAAUUAUUCUUCUCCACUUGUUUCUUUGGGAUUACAACCUAAUUUUCUUCCAAACGAAGGAAUUAUUCUACCCCAAAUUUUGACCUACACCUUAUUUUUGGUUUUGAUUAUUGCGAGGUGGAUGUUACCUAGAUUUGAGUUAAAUAGAGAAGAAUUAUCACAGAUAUUGCUUGCUUAUAUGGCCAUAACAACUGAUAUUCUCGAAUUUGCCGGUUUAUUAAAUAGAUCUUCAGUUUGUUCAGACUCUUCACUUAAAAUGUCCAUACUCAGUGCUUUUGCGCUUUCACUAAUCCAAUUUGCUUUCAUAUUGACAGUCAGUCGUUCUCGAAAAAUGAGAAUUGCUGUGGCUACUAAAAUUUUAUUAAGUACAAAUAGGCAUGAUUUUAGACAGGCAUUUUUCGACCUGGACAUUUGGUCGCUUCUAAUAUCCUUGGCAUGCCAGGAUUUACCCUUUUUAAUUGUUCGCCUAAUUGUUUUGGGUUGGCUAUGGGAGGCUGAUUUUGCUCUAAUUUUGUUUAUUUCAAAAAAUAUUUUGAUUAUUCUUUUGGAGAUUUACAGGUGUUUUUUGAAAGUUAAAUUUCAUAGCCGGGGCGGGAUAGUCUAG